GAAUCCAGAAAACUCUUUAAACUCUCAAGAUGGCCUGUCGCUGCAAGUACUUCGUAAAGCUGCUAAAUAAGUGCUGUUUCUGCUUCUCUCUGCGUACUGGCACCUUAUUGCUGGGAUGCGUAUUCCUGACAUGGUUCAUCUAUCUUUGCCUGGGCAGUGCCUUCAUGAUGGAAUGCAUCUUCCCCAAUGAGUAUAUGCGAGAGACAAAGGGGCCCCCGGCUGCCCCAAAGACAACAAUGGUCUUCUCCUUCUUUGGCAUCAUUGCGUCUGCAAUGGUUUGCAUCGGAGUGCACAAUAACAACGAGCUGCUUUUCGUACCAUUUCUGGCGUUAACACCGUUCUAUAUUUUCGCCCACGUUAUGGCCAUGAUAUUGUAUUCCUUCGUUUGGAUUAUAAUAACUCUAUUUGUAAUUACAAUUGUUGUUCUUAUCUACGCAUGGAUCGUGAUCUACUCCUAUUUCACCGAACUGCGCUAUGCGUAUGACGAAGAUCUGCCGCAACAAACUUAUAUUUGAGAUCAAUCAUUAGAUUUUUGAUCUCUUCAAACCAAUUGAUGUUCUUCCGGGCUAAAUAUAUAUGGUAAAUUGUGCAAGUGA